AUGCACUUUGCUCGUGCUUUACUCGCCCUCCUAGCUGCUGGCCUUGUCAGUGCGCAGCUACCGGAUGUCCCGAACUGCUCUCUAAACUGCUUUGUCUCUGCCCUCACCAAUGAUGGAUGCUCGUCCUUGACCGAUUUCGCCUGCCACUGCCAGAAGCCUGAGCUUGUUUCGAAGGUCACGCCUUGCGUGCAGAAAGACUGCAACGUCGCCGAUCAGUCUGCUGUCUCCAGUGCCGUCGUCUCUCAGUGCUCUGCCGCUGGUUACCCAAUCUCCGUGCCUCCGGUCGGCGCUGCCAGCACCACAGCUUCGGAGUCAACGACCACUACAGAGUCUACAACCCAGACUGUGACUCAGACCACAUCCGGCUCCUCAUCCACUGCGUCUUCCACUGGCGCCUCGACCUCUGCUACCUCCUCGUCGGCAAUCUCUUCUACCCCAUCUUCCUCAUCGGCUGCGAGCUCAUACCAUCACUCGUCUAGCUCUGCGUCGGCCACGCACACCUCAUCUAGCUCUGCAUCUAGCAGCGCCAGUGCUUCCGCAACUACCAGUCUGUCCAACGAUGCCGGCUCCAACAAGGGCAAUGUCGCGGGUGUUGCUGCCGUGGCGGCCGCUGCUCUCUACUUGUUGUAG